AUGUCGAAUUCGGUGACGGCCUCCAAAGCCCUUAGGGGCGUGUUUUCCUCUCUUUCAACGAGGCAAUGCCAGCGUUGUUUUUCUAGCAGUGCCCUUCAACCCAAGCAGCUCCGACCGACUCUCCCGCGAGCGCCCAUGCAGUCGAGACAGCCAAUUACUCAGCGCCGAACCAAGUACAAGACAAUCGAGCAGGCCAAGAGCCGAUAUAGCAAUGGGCCGUUUUCUUGGAAGGCCGGAAUCAUGUUCGUCGGCACUUGCGGACUAUUGGUUUGGUACUUCGAGUUCGAGAAGGAGCGCAUGCAGCGCAAGAGAAUAGCUGAGGCCGCCAAGGGCGUGGGCCGACCAAAGGUUGGAGGAACAUUCGAGCUGAUAGAUCAAGAUGGGAAGCCUUUCACAAACGAGAUGAUGAAGGGCAAGCAUUCUCUGGUCUAUUUCGGCUUUACCCGAUGCCCCGAUAUCUGCCCCGAAGAGCUCGACAAGAUGUCUACCAUGCUGGACAUUGUGGAAGAGAAGGCCCCCGGCGCGCUUCUCCCCAUCUUCAUUACCUGCGACCCUGCUCGUGACACACCAAAGGCACUCAAGGAAUACCUCGGCGAGUUCCACGACAAGUUCAUUGGCCUGACUGGUACAUACGAUCAAAUUAAGGACCUCUGCAAGAAGUACCGCGUCUACUUCAGCACACCACAGAACGUUAAGCCCGGACAGGACUACCUGGUGGAUCACAGCAUUUACUUCUACCUCAUGGAUCCCGAGGGUGAUUUUGUUGAGGCAUUGGGUAGACAGCACUCGCCGCAGCAGGCUGCUGCACUUAUUCUGGACCAUAUGAAGGACUGGGAUAAGAAAUAA